GUUGAGGACCGCACGACACGAUGACGGCGAUCCUGGUGUCCGUCGCGGAGCUGUCCAACAUAUUCUCGGUGCUCGCCGUCUUGAUAUGCUUCUGCGGGGUCUUCCUCUUCAUCAUGAGGAACAUGAUGGUGCUACGCGUCCACGGCGACGACCUGAUGUUCGGCGGCGGCGGCGGCGUGAUAACGCAUUCGCCGCGCAUACCGCAAAUGGAAAUGAUGAAGGUCCACAUUCCCUUCACCUUCAAGCUCCACGAGAGCUUCAAGAGCACGUACGCCGAGGUGGAGUGCGAGGUGUCGAGCCAAGUGGAGUACUCGUUGCAGGCGAUCUGGGGCGUCAGCAUAAGAGAGCUGCAUCUGGCGCUCUGGAAGCCUUGGAGCACAUUACGGGACGCAUCCCUGAACGGGACCCUUCUACAAGGGCACGCGCAAUACCUCACGCCACCGCAAACUAGACAGCCGCAUGGCGAGGAAACGUUGAGAUUGUCGCUACCGGCCCCGGAACUGGAGCUCGGCACCCCUCCGCGGCUGUGCUAUCCCUUGGUGAUCUUUCUCACUCGAAGAGACAACCGAGAUCCCCAUCCCGACGAAACCGUGGCCCUGGUGAAUGUUGUUCACAUUAAGGACAGCGUGUGCACGUUGCCAACGUCGAUUCUAGCGCAGUACUUGAAGCAGGCAAACGGCCAACUGUCCUGCUUGAAGCAAUUGUACCUGGCCACGGGCAACUCGAGCAACUACGAUGAGAGCGACGCGAUGUCGUCGGCAGGUCUAGGCUCGCCGGCUCUGGCGCUCGCCGAGCCGUGCAACAACAACGACACCGCCAGCGGCGGUCGUGGCGCUUUGGUGGCGUCCGGCCAAAGUGGCGACCAGGAGGGCGGUUCGCUCUGGAACACCGCGGGCGAGCAGCUCUGCGUCGUCUGCCAAUACUUCCCGUUAUCGCGCGCCCUACUACCGUGCCGACACACCUGUAUUUGCGCCUCGUGCUUCGGCAAGCUCGACCGGUGUCCGAUGUGUCGCAGCCCGAUCAAGAGUUACUUCUGCAUACGUAGCGAGGAAUACAUGCCGCCGGAGAAGGAGAUCAACCCGUGCAAGCAACGUCAGCCCACCCACGGGCCCACCCAUUGGCUCCACGAUUGGAACGACCGGCUCACCGAUUUCCUCGGCUUCGCUCGAUAGGAUACUAUCUGUCGCUCAGCUCGCACGUUCUGUAUACGCAAACGUCAGGACGGUCGGCAGACUUUUUGUUUAAUCAUUUCUGCAGGUUUAUUCCUACGUAAAUUCCGAGUUUCACGGUUCUAUGACUCGACGAAUCACAUCUCUUGUAACGAUUGUAUUUCACAAAAACUCAUGUACCACGUUUCACUUGUUGAAAUUAUUUUUCGAGAAUAUAACAUUUUCAAGUUGCUUUUCAUAUCGCAACUUUUCCAUUUUUCAACUUGUUAUCUUUAUAUUUUAGCUCUUACCGCCGUUUACAAUCAAUAAAGUUUUCGUCUGUCGUAACUUGAAGAAAAACUACAUUUGUUUUAGUGGAUUUAUUAACUAUUACUUCCAUCUCUCAUUUACAUUGGAAUAAAUUCGUAGAGUUUACAAUUUGCAAAACAAAAAGUAUCCGUCGUACCUGACACUGACUAUAUCUUGAUUUAGUUUUAAGGGAGGCGCGAAAGUUUGUAAGGAUUCAGGAGAAAGACUAGGCUAUGGUGGCCCGGUUGUUCAUUCGUCGGUAGACAUGCAAAUAAUUUUCACGUAAGAUGUCUCAGAAUCAUCUCUUUCAACUUGUUUCUUUCACUGGACGUAAAAGCUCGCGUAUCCUUUUUUAUCGCGUAUCCUCGAGAGAAAAUGUUUAAAUUAAAAUUUGAUUUAGACGUCCACUUUUAUAGAAUUAAUUGAGACUUACAUGCAAUUUUUUCCUAGAUUUUCUCUUCUGAAAAGUCGAGCUGUUAUUUAUUUUCAAUCAUUGAUUAUUCAACAAUUUUCGACGCGCGCGCAUACACACCAUUCGAAAAU